GAGAAAGAAAGCCCGCCUCCCCGACUAUGCUAUUUAUAAAUUUUCCUGCCAACGGUCCACAAACUCUGAAGGGAGGUUUCGUGGGAUCUGUUGAUCAUGAUGCUGCUCAAGUCACUCGUGUCCCUCUGCAUCCUGGCUGCUGUUGCCUUUGCUGUCCCCGCUCAGGAGAAACGCAUCCAUCACCAUGCUGAUUUGAGUGACCAUGUCCACAAGGAUGAUCACGGCUUCCAGUAUGACCAUGAGGCCUUUCUGGGCAAGGAAGAGGCCAAGACCUUUGACCAACUGACCCCUGAUGAGAGCAAAGACAGAUUAGCAAAGAUUGUGGAUCGCAUUGACACUGACAAGAAUGGCUUUGUCAACCACGCAGAGCUGCACUACUGGAUCAAACACCGGCAGAGGCGGUACAUUGAGGAGAAUGUGAACAAAAACUGGAACGACUACGACCAGAAUCAGGACGGGAAGAUUGCUUGGGAGGAGUACAAAAAUACCACCUAUGGAUACUAUCUGGAUGAGGAGUUUGAUGAUGUUGAAGACAAGGCUACCUAUAAGUCCAUGCUCCGCCGCGACGAAAGACGUUUCAAGACAGCUGACCGAGACGGUGAUGAUAUUGCUACACGGGAGGAGUUUACUGCCUUCCUGCACCCUGAGGAGUUUGAUUACAUGAAGGAAUUGGUAGUGAAGGAGACGGUGGAAGACAUUGAUAAAAAUGGAGAUGGCAAGAUCAACUUAAAUGAAUACAUUGGCGACAUGUACACACCAGAGAAUGGGGAGAGUGAGCCAGAGUGGAUCCAGACAGAGAGGAAACAUUUCGCAGAGUUCAGAGAUGCCAACAAGGAUGGCUACCUGGAUGAUGAUGAAGUGGCCGAGUGGAUUUUGCCACGAGAGGUUGACCAUGCUGACAAUGAAGCCAAACACUUGAUCCAUGAUACAGACACGGACAAGAGUCCUGGCUUUUCCGUUGUGGCUUUUCUAAUUGCUGUAGUGAUGCUUGGAUGGCCAUCUCUCUCUGUCCGAGCUAUUGGACAAGAUUGACUACAUCAAGACCAGCACCAUCACUGACUAUGGAGGCAUGAGGGUGGAUGACCACGAUGAACUGUGAAUAAGAAUAAUCGAUAUUGUAGAUUAGUCUCUUUGGGAUUUCAAGCGGCUCUUGUUUGUUUCUUCUUUCAGAGACAAGGCAACCCUGCUGAGGACUGUGGUUAAUGUUCAGAAACUGUUCAAAACAACCCAUGGAUAUUAAAUUAAAUCUCCAGCAAACAAUAAACACUGCCAGUCAUGGGUAUGUUUAAUGUAAAUCACUUGAAAUUAGAGUGAUUCAUAUUAAUAGUCUUAUAAUGUUUACCUCUAUCUGCUUUAAAGACUGCUAUGGAAGGACAUCUUACCCUGACACAUUUGUCUUUCCAAAGUUGCAAGGACACUCAUUUAUAAAAUGCAUUUCCUUACCCCUUUUAUCCUUAACCUUCACAGCUUAAUACCUAACCCAUACCCAACCUUGCAUAAGUUAAACUUGAACCUGAACAAUAAAACUGAGCAGCCCUUUGACAAAUUUUGGUUGUGAGGACGUUUUGGCCAGUACUCAUAAAAGUGGUUUUGAACUAAAAUUUUCCCUCACAACGAAAGAAAUACACACUCUCUUUCACCCACAAACACUGACUCACAUGCAGUAGAUUAAACCAGAGCCUGUCUGAAAGGGUAAGUAAUUACUAGUGUAAUCCUUCUAAGUUUGGACCCUUAUCAUAAUAUAGGACAGCUAAACCGAGUCAACUCAGAUGGUCAGAUUCACCCCGUCAUCAGGAUCUUAUAUUUGGCCAGGCUUUAGAAUAAUAUGGUUCAGAAAUUUGAAUGUAACUUUUUAUUCAUUUCAUAGUGCUUGAUACUGAAUCUAAAGCUGCUUUCAGACAUGCUCUGAACUCUCUAGAUCCUCUAGAAAUUCUCCAGAGGGGCUGUAUAUAUAUGAACGCAAAUAUCAGAGAGAGCCUAUGGACUUUCUUCAUUACGAACACGCCAGCCUAACAAAACUAAAUAAAGAAAACAAUUAGAGCAAAUAUAUCUGGAUGAAAAACCUGUGCAAUACAUGUAGACAAAAAUGUGAUCUCCGCAGCAGGAUUAAUAUGUUACAUCCUGCCUCUAAAUGCUGCACUACGUCUCGCCUUAACACUCGGGUGAUUUUCUGUGUUGUUGUGCUCGGCCCUAUUUUAUUCACAUUAUACAUGUUUCCAAUAGGAAACAUUAUCAGGAUACACUCUGUAAAUGUUCGCUGCUAUGCAGAUGACAAUCAGUUGUACCUAAUAAUAAAACUAGAAUAUUGUAAUCAAUGAACUCAACUUCAAGCAUGUUUGAAGGACAUAAAAACCUGGAUGAACAGCAAUUUUCUCUUAUUAAAUGCAGAUAAAACCAUAGAAAUGCAUUAUCUGAUGAUAUAGCUGCGCUAGACAACAUUGCCCUUGCUUCCUAUGAAACAGUCAGGAACUUGGGAGUGAUUUUCGAUCCCGAUUUUUCCUUUGAUUCUCACACAACAAAUUUCUAGGACCGCCUUCUUUCACUUGCGUAGCAUCUCAAAAAGAUGCAGAAACAUUUGUCCACGCCUUUGUUACAUCCAGAUUUGAUAUUGCAAUUCCUUAUUAUCAGGCUCCAGCAGUAAGUUGUUAAAGACUCUGCAGCUUGUCAAAAAUGCUUCAGCAUGUGUCCUGAGAAGAACCAGGAAAAAAGCACACAUUUAUCCUGUAUUAGCUUUGCUAUACUGGCUUCCGGUUAAUACAAGAAUAUAAUUUAAAAUUCUUCUCCUCACCAAGCUCCUCUUCUUCUCCCUCUUUAUCAGAUUAAUGUCUCAUCAAUACGUUACUGACUUGACUUCUUCCCGUAGUCCUUGUGCUUUAUCGUUUGCGAUCCAGGAUCGCUAAUGCAAAUACAUCGUAGAUUAUGAUUGGUAUAUCAUGAAUCAGAUGGCAGAUCAUGGAUCUUGUUGCCCGUUGAUUGUGGAUAGUGGUAGUGUAUCUUAUAGUGUAGGCAGUUGAUCAUGGACUAUUAUUUACAAGACUGCUUGAUAUACAAUAUGCCUAUAUACAUACUCUACCAUUACUGACAAUAACUACAAAUACUUUAAACGUAGACACACUUUCCAUAACGCUACAAACGGUUUCUUCCGAUCAAUAAAAUGCUGUUAUUUUGCUGACGUUCUCAGUUACACGUGGCAUCUAUUGCACUUCUGUCUGUCCUGGGAGAGGGAUCCCUUACAUGUGGCUCGCUCUAUUAAGUUUCAAUAUUUUUACCCCCCCUUUAAUUUUUCCUUACUUUUGUUGAGGGUUAAAAGCAGAGAAUGUCGCACCUUGUUAAGCCCUUUGAGAUAAAUUGUGAUAUAACAUUUUA